ACCAGCGUUUCCUGGGCUACAGCAGCAGAAAGAGAAGUCUAUGCCUCAGAGUGGAAUAUUAUUGGAUGCUGAAAUCAGGUUUAGAGGCAUCACCCUUGUGUCUUAUGCUCAUUGAGGUUGUAGGCUGUUGUGUAGCAGGUCACUUGGUGUUGUGUCGCUAAGUUGCAGGUUGUGCUGUUUAGAUUUUUAACACUCGACAUGAGCAAGUGUCACAGUGAGCUGACUCCGAAGGAGCAGGGGCUACUGAAAAUUCGCCGAGACAGCGACACUAAGGCUGCCGAACUUGUCAAGAUGGAGAAGAUGCUGCAGCAGACCAAGAACAUGUUGGACAAGAAGACAGAGCCUGGCUCGGAGAGCAUGGGCUACCAGGAGAACAUGGUGGAGGACCUGGAGGAAAAAGUGCGCUCCAGCAGACGGUACAGGAGGAACUCCCUCCAUCACACGCAGAUGCUGGAGAGCCAGAUGAAAACAGUGAAAGGCGAGCUGGCGGGCACACUGGACCACCUUCAGGAGCUGAGGAACGUCUUGCGGCGUUCACAGCAGAAAGCAGAAGAGCGCAAAGCAGCGAUGGAGAAGCUGGCAGCAGGGCUCAGGUGAACCAUCUACUCUGCAGCUGCUUUUGAUUUGCAACAAAGUUUUGACCCUUUCAAGCUCCAAAACAUACCAACUGAAUGUCUGACCUGACGUCCUGCGUCCUCCCAAACGAAGCUGUGCAGAGAUGUAACAAGAAUGCACCCAGACGCUGGUUAACUGGUAGAAGAAAGUGACUUGAGCUGCUGUGUUGGUCCUCUCUGCAGUGAGGCCAUUGUUUUGCAUCCAAAGUGUAAAUUUAAAAGACUUUAUCCAAGGUAGGGGAGAGUGGGGUAUGUUGUCACACUUUUCACACCAUCUAAUAUUUACUGAGCACCGUACAUCACAAUGGUACAAAUGUCAUACCAAAUGAAAGAAUGAAGUCUUGGGCAGAAGUUUUGUAUU